AUGACAUGUAAAAUUAAAUUAAAACAUACAAUUAAACAUUUUAGGAAAGAACAUAAAAACUCCAAUUGUGAAGUUGAAGCAGAUGGUUUGAAUAAGGAACAGUUCGUGCCACCAAUUUACAAUGUCGUUUCUUCGAGCUCUAACCCAUUAACAUGGAGAGAAUUUUCGGCGCUAAACCGAAAUUAUGGAUGCCAUAUUCCCUCUGUAAAAGCGCUCUGGCCAUUUAUGUUGAGGCUUUCCAAAAACCAAUACGAAUAUACAAUCUUGUGUUUUCUCCUCCACAUCUUACCCGCAUUCAUUAUAGAUUCUCUGGCGAAGCUUACGGGAAGAAAGCCACAAUUAAUGGAUGGAUACAAGAAAAUGCACAAAUUCUCCGAAGUCAUAGCGUACUUCGCCCUAAAGUCAUGGACAUUCCACGACGACAACACGAAGUCGCUGAUAAAAAAGCUGUCCAAACUGGACCAGUCCCUGUUUAGGUUCGAUGUUACCAAAUUAGACUGGAACGAGUAUUUCAAAAAACACGUGGUGGGCAUUCGACUGUACAUCUUAAAAGAUCCAGUGGAAACGGUGCCGGAAGCGUUAAGACGAAAUAAAAAAUUGUACAUGAUUCACUACACGUUAAUGUCAUUUUUAGUGGCAUUAUUGAUGACAGUAGUUUACGGACUGUUCCUACUCUUCGUGUAG